AUGGGUGUCCCUUUCGAAGCCCUCAUCCCCUAUGGGAUCAUCAUCGCUAUGUUCGGCGUGACCGGUGCCGGCCUCACUGCUGCUAAGUACUUUGGAAACGAAGGGAAAAAGGCGCGGUGGAACAAGGAUCUGUGGGACAGAGUAAUGAUGGAAAGAGACUUGAGAAUCACAGGAACUUUACGAGGCCAGUCAGGCAAUGCCGUAGCGCCAAAGGGAUUCGAUGUCAGCAACCCAUGGAAGCUUGAGAAACGGAUUUUCUAA